GUGAGCACACAAAACUUCCAUGGUUUUAAAUUUGGAUGCUAUUCGGCUUCAGCAUCUAAUGCAGUUCAGACUAUAUCCAGAAGGUUUCUUAUUUGAACUUAUCAAUCCUAAGUGCGCCUUAGUUUUACGUGUCUUCAUAAUAUGACAGCUACAAUUGAUUUAAGCAACGAUGCUUUGCACAGACUUGGCCAAAGCUAUUACAAGUACAAUAAGUUCGAACAGCCGCGUACACUUGAAAUUCUCGGUUAUGAGCAUUCAGCCAACGCAGACACCGUCACUGGUUUUUUUGGACGCCACCAGUUCCUCACGCUCAAAGUGCGUCGAAUUGAUGCCGAAGGAAAGGAGCAUUUGGAGCAAGUACGCUUUUUCACCAAAACUCCACCAUUGGAAUUGGCAUCCCGUAUGGAGUAUUUAGAGGAGUUUGGUCUCUACAAAAAAGAGGUUAGUGUAUAUCGUGUGAUAUUGCCUGAAUUGCAAAAAAUUAUACCACAUGUGGCGCCUAAUUGCUACUACGCCGAAGAGCGCUUACUCGUCUUCGAACAUCUCGCCGAUCAGAAAUUCCGCAUGGCCGCCGGUCGUGAUGGUAUUCUGAACUAUGAUCACUUACAUUGUGUAUUGAAGACACUUGCAGCGCUGCAUGCCAGUUCCAUAAUCUAUGAAGUGCGCUGUGGACGCAAGUUGAAUGAGCUACAUCCCGAGGCUGUGGUGGAGAACGCGUAUCCUUUGGGCAUACCGGACACUCACGUGCGUAAACAAAAUUUCAAUAAUGCGAAUCGAGUAUUUGUGGAACUGAUAAAAAUACUGCCGAAAUAUCAGAAGAAUCAGAAGAAUUUGGACUAUAUUUUAGCGGAGUUUCCGAAACGCAUGGCUGCGAUCUACGAAUUAGCACAGACGUCGAACAAAUAUCGAAACGUAUUCAGUCAUGGCGAUCUUUGGGCGAACAACGCCAUGUUCCAGUAUGGCGAAACUAGUAAGCCGCCCAUACAGUGCCGUCUGGUGGACUUUCAGCUUAGCCGUUAUGCACCGCCGAUGGUAGAUGUGAUAACAAUACUCACCAUACCGACAAGCAGUAGCUUCCGAAGGCAAUAUUUAACUGAAUUAUUCGAUGACUACUAUGGUUUUAUGUCCAAAUUCUUGGAGCUGGAACGUCUCAACAUUGAGGACUACUUGCCGCGCCAAGAAUUCAAUGAGACGGCAGAUAAGUUCCGCAUUGUUGGACUUAUUGAAAGUCUAUUUUUCUCCCACUUGACACUGCUGCCGGCGGAACUUGCAGAAGCUGUAACCUCGUCGGCGAACGGGUUCACCGAUUUCUUUGAUGCCAAACGUGUGGAGAUGUGUUUGCAAGCUUUUCGCAGCGAUGACAUCUACCGGGAAAGAAUGACGGACAUGCUGGAAGAUUUUGUAGAUAAUUUUGUGUUAAAAAAUCGAAACUAGUUUUUGUAAAUGUG